CCCAGCCAGUCUAACACCGCACGCCAGCAACGCAUUUUAAGUUUCUAUUCGCUGUACAAGAGACACAUGGACCUACAGAGCAAGGCGUCGGUGCCGCCGGUGGUAAAAGGUGGUGCACCGGAGAAGGAUGGUGGCGAGUACAGGACGACGACGGCGUCGCUGGUGCUCGAGGAUGGCACGAUCCUGCACGGGCAUCCAUUCGGUGCGACGGGCGACGUCGAUGGCGAGGUCGUCUUCCAGACGGGCAUGGUCGGGUACCCGGAGUCGAUGACCGACCCGUCCUACCACGGGCAGAUACUGGUGCUGACGUACCCGCUGAUCGGCAACUAUGGCAUCCCGGACGCGGACCUGGACGAGUGCGGACUGAUGCGGCACUUCGAGUCGAACAACCGCAUCUGGACGGCGGGGCUGGUGGUGGGCGAGAUCUGCGAGGAGCCGUCGCACUGGCGCAGCAAGCUCACGCUGUCCCAGUGGAUGGCCAAGCAUGGUGUGCCGGGCAUCAGCGGCAUCGAUACGCGUGCUCUCACGAAGAAGAUCCGCGAGCAUGGCACCGUCUUGGGAAAGAUUGUUCAGUCGCGCGUGGAAACGAUCGCGGGGUUUAGCUUCAAGAACCAGAACCUACGCAACCUGGUGAAGGAGGUAUCACUGGCGCAACCGACGACGUACAACGAGUCGGGCUCGCCCCGCAUUUGUGCGAUCGACUGCGGGUUGAAGCUGAACCAGGUGCGAUGCUUCGUGCAGCGUGGGGCCCGAGUGGACGUGAUGCCGUGGAACGCACGCCCCAACCCGGCCGACUUCGAUGGUCUGUUUCUGUCGAACGGUCCGGGAGAUCCGGAGAUGUGCCGCGACGUGGUGGAUAAUCUCCGGUGGGUGUUGCAGAACACGAUGAAGCCCAUCUUUGGCAUCUGCCUCGGGCAUCAGAUUCUGGCGACGGCGGCCGGAUGCCGGACGUUCAAGAUGCGCUACGGAAACCGGGGCCACAACCUGCCGUGCAUGCACCGGGGCACGCGACGUUGCUAUAUGACGUCGCAGAACCACGGCUUUGCGGUCGACUCGGCCGAGAUGCCGACGGGCUGGGAGGAGCUGUUCACCAACCUGAACGAUGGCACCAACGAGGGGUUGGUGCACGAGAGCAAGCCGUACUUUAGUGUGCAGUUCCACCCGGAGCAUACGGCCGGGCCGGCUGACCUGGAGGUGCUGUUCGAUGUGUUCCUGGAGCUGGUACGCGAGUGCAAGGCUGGCGGGAUGGUCCCCAGUGUACGCGAGAGACUCAACGAGCGGCUCCGCUUCACGCCACCCGUUCCCGUCGACCUGGAGCGCCCAAAGAAGGUGCUGAUCCUGGGCUCCGGCGGGUUGUCGAUUGGGCAGGCGGGCGAGUUCGACUACUCGGGCUCGCAGGCCAUCAAGGCACUGAAGGAGGAGCGCAUUCAGACGGUGCUGAUCAACCCGAACAUCGCGACGGUGCAGACCUCGAAGGGGCUGGCAGAUAAGGUGUACUUCCUACCGUUGACGGUCGAGUACGUCGAGCAGGUCAUCAAGGCGGAACGUCCCGGUGGCGUGCUGCUGACGUUCGGUGGCCAAACGGCCCUCAACUGCGGCGUGGAGCUCGAGCGGGCCGGAGUGUUUGCCCGCUACGGCAUCCGCAUUCUCGGUACACCCAUUCGAUCGAUCAUUGAGACCGAGGACCGGAAGCUGUUCGCCGAGCGUGUGGCCGAGAUUGGCGAGCGGGUGGCCCCGUCGGCCGCCGUCUACUCGCUCGGCGAAGCGCUGGAGGCGGCCGAACGCAUUGGCUAUCCGGUGAUGGCACGUGCUGCCUUCUCGCUCGGUGGACUGGGCUCCGGGUUCGCCAGCAACGCCGACGAGCUGCGCACCCUGGCGAGCCACGCACUGGCCCACUCCAGCCAGCUGAUCAUCGACAAGUCGCUGAAGGGCUGGAAGGAGGUCGAGUACGAGGUGGUGCGCGACGCCUACGACAACUGCAUCACGGUGUGCAACAUGGAGAACGUCGAUCCACUCGGCAUCCACACGGGCGAGAGCAUCGUGGUGGCGCCGUCGCAGACGCUCUCGAACCGCGAGUACAACAUGCUGCGCACGACCGCCAUCCGCGUGAUCCGCCAUUUUGGUGUGGUGGGCGAGUGCAACAUCCAGUACGCGCUAUGUCCGGAGUCGGAGGAGUACUACAUCAUCGAGGUGAACGCGCGGCUGUCGCGCAGCUCGGCGCUGGCCAGCAAGGCGACCGGCUAUCCGCUCGCGUACGUGGCCGCGAAGCUGGCCCUCGCCGUCCCCCUGCCCGACAUCCGCAACUCGGUGACCGGCGUGACGACGGCCUGCUUCGAGCCGAGCCUCGACUACUGCGUGGUGAAGAUGCCACGCUGGGAUCUGGCGAAGUUUGCGCGCGUCAGCAAGAACAUCGGCAGCUCGAUGAAGAGCGUCGGCGAGGUGAUGGCGAUCGGGCGCACGUUCGAGGAAGCGUUCCAGAAGGCGCUCCGCAUGGUCGACAGUGUGAACGGGUUCGACCCGUAUCUGAAGGCGGUGAACGAGCAGGAGUUGCGAGAACCCACCGACAAGCGUAUGUUUGUGCUGGCCGCGGCCUUGCGGGCCGGGUACACCGUCGAGCAGCUGUACGAGCUGACCAAGAUCGACCGAUGGUUCCUGCGCAAGCUGCGUGGCAUCAUCGACUUUACGGUGCGCCUCGAGGCGGUUGGUGAUGGGGUGCAGGGCCUACGGGUGGGAUUGCUGCGGGAGGCCAAGCGGCUCGGGUUCUCCGACCGCAUGAUAGCGCAGUGCGUCAAGAGCACGGAGCUGGCGGUGCGCACGGUGCGCAAGGAGCUGGGAGUGCUGCCGUUCGUCAAGCAGAUCGACACGGUGGCGGGCGAGUGGCCGGCGGCCACCAACUAUCUCUACCUCACGUACAGCGCGUCCGAGAACGACGUCGACUUCCCGGGCCAGUACACGAUGGUGAUCGGGUCGGGCGUGUACCGCAUCGGCAGCUCGGUCGAGUUUGACUGGUGUGCGGUCGGGUGCCUGCGGGAGUUGCGCAACCUCGGGCGCAAGACGAUCAUGGUCAACUACAACCCGGAGACGGUCAGUACCGACUACGACAUGUGCGACCGGCUGUACUUCGAGGAGAUCUCGUUCGAGGUGGUGAUGGACAUCUACGACACCGAGCAGCCGGAGGGUGUCAUCCUCUCGAUGGGCGGCCAGCUGCCGAACAACAUCGCGAUGGACCUGCACCGGCAGCAGGCCCGCAUCCUCGGCACCUCGCCCGAGUCCGUCGACAGCGCGGAGAACCGGUUCAAGUUCUCCCGCCUGCUCGACCGCAAGGGCAUUCUGCAGCCGCGCUGGAAGGAGCUGACGAACCUGCAGUCGGCGAUCGCGUUCUGCGAGGAGGUGGGCUACCCGUGCCUGGUGCGACCCUCCUACGUGCUGUCCGGCGCGGCGAUGAACGUGGCCUACUCGAACCAGGACCUCGAGACGUACCUGCAGCACGCGUCCGACGUCAGCAAGGAGCACCCGGUGGUGAUCUCCAAGUUCCUGGUCGAGGCGAAGGAGAUCGAUGUAGACGCGGUGGCCGCCGACGGCGAGAUCCUCUGCCUGGCCGUGUCCGAGCACGUGGAGAACGCGGGUGUCCACUCGGGUGACGCGACGCUGGUCACGCCCCCGCAGGACAUCAAUCGCGAAACGCUGGAGCGCAUCAAGGAGAUUGCGCGCGACAUCGCCGCGCUGCUCGACGUGACCGGCCCGUUCAACAUGCAGCUGAUCGCCAAGAACAACGAGCUGAAGGUGAUCGAAUGCAACGUGCGCGUCUCGCGCUCGUUCCCCUUCGUCUCGAAAACGCUCGACCAUGACUUUGUGGCACUGGCGACGCGGGUCAUCGUCGGGCUGGCGGUGGAACCGGUUGACGUGAUGCGUGGAUGUGGCAGGGUCGGCGUCAAGGUGCCCCAGUUCAGCUUCGCCCGGUUGGCCGGGGCCGAUGUGCAGCUGGGCGUGGAGAUGGCAUCGACCGGCGAGGUCGCCUGCUUCGGCGACAAUCGCUACGAGGCGUACCUCAAGGCGAUGAUGUCGACCGGCUUCCAGAUCCCGAAGAAAUCCAUCCUGCUCAGUAUCGGCAGCUACAAACACAAAAUGGAGCUGCUGCCCGCUAUACGCAUCCUGGACAAGAUGGGUUACAAACUGUACGCAUCGAUGGGUACGGGUGAUUUUUACACCGAGCAUGGCGUUGCGGUGGAAAGCGUGCAGUGGACGUUCGACUCGCUGGCGACCACCGACGACAAUGGCGGACCGCCGGGGAAUGAGCUGCGCCAUCUGGCGGAGUACCUGUCGAACAAGCAGUUCGAUCUGGUGAUCAACCUGCCGAUGAGUGGGGGCGGUGCCCGCCGGGUGUCCUGCUUCAUGACGCACGGCUACCGGACGCGUCGGCUGGCCGUCGACUACUCGAUCCCGCUGGUGACGGACGUGAAGUGCGCCAAGCUGCUGGUGGAGGCGAUGCGCCGCAUCGGCGGGGCGCCCCCGAUGAAGACGCACACCGACUGCAUCUCGUCGCGGCGCAUGGUGAAGCUGCCCGGGUUCAUCGACGUGCACGUACACCUGCGCGAGCCGGGAGCCACGCACAAGGAGACGUUUGCGACGGGCACGGCGGCGGCGCUGGCGGGCGGCAUCACGAUGGUGCUGGCGAUGCCCAACACCCAGCCGGCCAUCGUCGACCGGGCCGCGCUCCAGCACGCCCAGGAGCUGGCCGCCAAGGGGGCGCGCUGCGACUACGCGCUAUAUGUCGGGGCGUCGUCCGCUAACUACGGCAGCGUGCACGAGCUGGCGUCGCAGGCGGCCGCCCUCAAGAUGUACCUGAACGAGACGUUCACGACGCUGCGGCUGAACGGGAUGCUGGUGUGGCGCGCGCACCUCGCCAACUGGCCGAAGAGGGCGCCACUGUGCGUGCACGCCGAGCGCGAAACAAUGGCCGCCGUCCUGCUGCUGGCGUCGCUCGCUGACCGCCCCGUGCAUGUGUGCCACGUCGCCCGCAAGGAGGAGAUCCUGGUGAUCAAGGCGGCUAAGGAACGCGGCCUCAAGGUGACGUGCGAGGUGUGCCCACACCACCUGUUCCUCUCGACGGCCGACUGCGAGCGGCUGGGGCCGGGCUGGGCCGAGGUGCGUCCCGUCCUGUGCAGUCCCGAGGAUCAGCAGGCGCUCUGGGACAACCUGGACGUGGUGGACGUGUUCGCGACGGACCACGCGCCGCACACGCGCGACGAGAAGCAGGCAGGUGACAAGGCCCCGCCCGGUUUCCCCGGGCUCGAGACCAUCCUGCCGCUGCUGCUGAACGCCGUCAGCGAGGGCCGCCUCACACUGGACGAGCUGGUGGCCAAGUUCCACCGCAACCCGCGCCGCAUCUUCAACCUGCCCGAGCAGCCCAACACCUACGUCGAGGUGGACUUCGACGAGGAGUGGACCAUCCCAGACCGGCCACUCCACUCCAAGGCGCACUGGACGCCGUUCGCCGGCAUGCGCGUCAAGGGCUGCGUGCACCGGGUGGUGUUGCGCGGUGAGACGGCCUACGUCGACGGGCUGGUGCUGGUAGCGCCCGGCUACGGCCAGAACGUGCGCGACUGGCCCGCGCGCCGCUCCACCCUCACCGCCGGCAACUCCAUCGAGCAGAUCAACGCGUCGCUCGAGGCGCUCGACACCUCCCUUGGCAGCCCCUUGGGGCCGGUCGCCUCCCUUCGCCCUCCGCACGAUCCGGCCUGGUUCGAGCCGGCCGACGGUCACACCAACGACGUCUUCUUCCGCCUCCUGGCACAAGAUCCUCCACCCGCGGCCGGCAAGCAACCGGCCCCGGCAACACUCGGCGUCCAUUUCGCCGAGCAGACGGUACGGCCCGUAUCCCCCGCACCGCGCACCCGGUGCGACUCCGCCAGCGCCAGCUACGUGGCGCCGGCCCCGCGCGACCGGAACCUCGCCGGCCGUCACGUCCUCACCGUCGGCAUGUUCACCAAGGAGCACCUGAACGAGAUCUUCCACCUCGCGCAGACGAUGAAGGCGCGCGUCGCCAAGGACCGCCCGCUCGACGAUCUGCUGCGCGGCAAGGUGAUGGCGUCCAUCUUCUACGAGGUGAGCACGCGCACCAGCUGCAGCUUCGCCGCCGCCAUGCAGCGGCUCGGCGGGCGCGUCGUGCACAUCGACGAGACGUCCUCGUCCGCGCGCAAGGGCGAAACGCUCGAGGACAGCAUCCAGGUGAUGGCUGGCUACGCCGACGUCGUCGUCCUGCGUCACCCAACCCCUGGAGCCGUUGAGCGCGCCGCCCAGCACUGCCGGAAGCCGCUGAUCAAUGCGGGCGAUGGUGUCGGCGAGCAUCCGACCCAGGCCCUGCUGGACAUCUUCACCAUCCGCGAGGAGAUCGGCACGGUGAACGGGCUGACGAUCACGAUGGUCGGCGACCUGAAGCACGGCCGCACCGUGCACUCGCUCGCCCGCCUGCUCACGCUCUACAACGUCAACCUGCGGUACGUCUGCCCGGCCGGGCUCGAGAUGCCCGACCGCGUCAAGGAGUUCGUCGACCGGAAGCGCAUCUCCCAGCGCCAGUUCGACAGCCUCGAGGAGGCGAUCGCCGAAACGGACGUCCUCUACAUGACGCGCAUCCAGCGGGAACGCUUCGCCAGCGAGCAGGACUACGAGAAGUGCUGCGGGCAGCUGGUGCUAACGCCUCACCUGAUGACAGUCGCCAAGAGGCGCAUGAUCGUGAUGCAUCCUCUGCCGCGCGUCUUCGAGAUCAGCCCGGAGAUCGACAACGAUCCGCGUGCGGCCUACUUCCGGCAGGCCGAGUACGGCAUGUACGUGCGCAUGGCCCUGCUGGCGAUGGUACUCGGACGGUGCUGAUUUUCUUACCUUCCACAGUUCCUCCUACUAAAACUCUCCUACGGUGGUGGUGGUAGUUUACAUUUAUUUUCCUUUUUUUUUAUUCUUAAGUGUCUUUAUUAACGAAGUUUCAUUCGAAGUAUAGCAGGUCCGCGACCCUUUCAUUCCAUAAAUACAUUUGCGAAGCCCACGGUACAAACGAUUCCUGCCCGCUUGACACGCGUGCCCUACCUUCCAGCUCGCAUGAAAUCAUG